AUGGCAAACCCUCCCCUACCCACCGGAACGAUGGACGAUGCGAAACUCAUCCCCCAGGCUAAUGCAUCCUGGUUCUCAGCGCUUACCUUCGAUUGGAUAACACCCAUCCUCAAUCUAGGUUAUUCCCGUCCUCUUGAAACAGUUGAUCUCUGGCGCCUGCCCGAUUCGUACGGUGCGGAAGUUUAUGCUGAUCGGAUACUAGAGUCAUUUCAGAGAAGACAUGAAGCUGCAGAGAAUACAAUGCCCAUCUGGCCAGCGGUGAAAUUAAGCCUGGGUGGGGGAGGAAGGUUUGGUGGAAACUCAGGGGAAAUGCGGAGAAGAGGGAAAGGGCAUGGAGAGAAAAGACUUCUCAAAGUCAUCGCCGACACGGCGCAGAUAACAAGUCCCUUGGUGGUUAAGGCAAUCAUCCGAUUCGCAACAGAGUCAUAUGUAUCACACAAAGUCAACCCUUCUGCACACACCCCACCUGUCGGCCGAGGCAUCGGCCUCUCCUUCACUCUCUUCAUCAUGCAAGUCAUCUCCUCGCUUUGCUUGAACCACUCCUUCCAUCGCUCUUUUGCAACAGGCCUGCUCCUUCGCGCAGGUCUCAUCACUGCCAUUUACAGGCGUUCCCUUCGGUUCACUACUCGUGCCAGAUCCAAUCUUCCAAGUGGAAAGAUUGUCAAUCACAUAUCCACGGACGUUUCCCGAAUCGAUUUUUGCUGUGGGUUUUUCCAUAUGAGUUGGACGGCUCCCAUCCAGUUGGCAAUAUGCCUUGCGCUGUUGUUGGCUAAUUUGGGAGUGAGCAGCCUUGCUGGUUUUGGAUUCUUCAUAUUGGCGACGCCGAUCCAGACGCUGGUGAUGAAGAAGCUGUUAGUCCUUCGGAAAGCCAGUAUGAGGUGGACGGAUAAGAGAGCGAAAUUGUUGCAGGAGUUGUUAAGUACGAUGAGAGUCAUCAAGUUCUUUGCCUGGGAGAUCCCUUUCCUGGAACGAAUCAACGAGUAUCGGACGAAUGAACUCCGUUAUAUCCGUAAUCUUUUGAUUUUCCGAGCAUCGACAUAUGCCAUAGCCUUCUCUCUCCCUGUCCUCAGCGCUGUCUUUUCGUUCGUAGCUUACUCCCUUUCAGGCCACAGGCUUCAACCAGAUAUCGUCUUCACGUCUCUUUCGCUCUUUCAGUUACUUCGCUUACCACUCAUGGUUUUACCGAUGUCUCUCGGCGGCAUCGCAGAUGCUUCCAACGCCAUUAGUCGUUUGCAUGACGUCUUUACUGCCGAGCUCCUCACGGAGACGAAUCGCAUUGAUCCCGAUUUGCUCGUUGCUGUCCGUGUGUCGGGCGCCAGCUUUACGUGGGAUGGUGCCCCGCCUUCAAGCGAUGGUAAGGCCGGUAAGAAGAAGGCGGGACUUCCCAGUGGGGACAACCGGGCUUGUCACGGUAAGGAAUCGGAGGCGAAAGACGGAGAGAAGAAGAGGAAAGCAUUGGAAGAAGCGGUGUUCAAGCUUCGGAGUGUCGAUUUUGAGAUUCCCCGUGGUCAACUCUGUGCGAUAGUUGGUCCUGUGGGUAGUGGGAAGAGUUCGCUUUUACAGGGUUUGUUGGGGGAGAUGAGGUGCACGGAAGGGGUCGUAACUUUUGGAGGCACUACCUCAUAUGCUCCACAAACUGCCUGGAUCCAGAGUGCGUCCAUCCGGAAUAAUAUUCUGUUUGGACGGGAGUUCGAUGAGGAGAGGUAUUGGAAAGUUGUUCAUGAUGCCGGAUUGAUGGCGGAUUUAGAUAUACUUCCCCAGGGAGAUCUUAUGGAAGUUGGAGAAAAGGGUAUUUCGCUGUCUGUUGGCCAGAAGCAACGAGUCAAUAUUGCUCGAACACUGUACUGCUCAUCCGAUAUCGUGUGCCUAGAUGAUCCUUUCAGUGCACUGGAUGUACACGUUGGGAAGCACGUUUUCGAGAAUGCUGUGCUCGGAUCCUUGGCUAAGAAAACCAGAUUGCUGGUUACACAUGCCCUCCACUUCCUGCCACGCUGCGACUAUAUCAUCACCAUGCUUGAUGGCCGUAUUGCUGAACGGGGGACAUAUGAAGAACUUAUGGCCAAGAAUGGAACUUUUGCCAAGUUCGUUGCGGAGUUUGGAGGGAAAGAAGGAGAGUCCAAGGAAGAUAGGGGCGAAAUUACGGUUGAUGAAGGCGAUGAGACUGCUGCUCUGGCGAAGAAGCGUAAGGAAAUCAAUGCAGGACCAUCUUUGAUGCAGCCUGAAGAAAGGGCUGUCGGUGCUGUUGGCAGGAGGGUUUACGCAGGUUAUCUGCGAGCUGCACAUGGUGUUAUCUUCGUUCCGCUUCUUUUUCUUGUUUUGUUGUUCGUGCAAGGUUCUCAGGUGAUGAGCACUUAUUGGAAGUGGCCGUAUCCUCAAGGAUUUUAUAUGGGUGUCUAUGCAGGUCUUGGAUUUAUGCAGGCUGCCACAUUAUUCUCCCUGGGAGUCGUCUUCGCUCUGAUGACUUUCUAUUCCAGCGUCCGAUUACACCAGGGAGCAAUUGAAAGAAUCAUGCAGGCUCCGAUGUCAUUCUUUGAUACGACCCCGCUUGGACGCAUCAUGAAUCGCCUUUCCAAAGAUAUUGACACACUCGAUAACCAGCUCAGCGGGGCCUUACGAUUUUUUUUUAUCACUCUGACACAGAUCAUAGGAGCUGUUGUUCUACUAGCUAUUCUUUUGCCUUGGUUUCUUCUCCCCGUGUUCUUCAUCACUACCGUCUACUGGUUCACGGGUUUAUUUUACCGAAGUAGUGCGAGAGAGUUAAAGGCACGAAAAUUGUUGGACCAUGCAGAAUCUGUCAGUUUAACGGGCACGGAUUUCUUGUUCGGACUGGCCACGAUCCGUGCUUUUGGAGAAAGCGAACGAUUCCUGAGUGAGAACACGGACCGAAUGGACAAGGAGAACCGGGCACACUGGUUGACAAUCACCAACCAGCGAUGGUUGUCGAUCCGCCUGGAUUUCCUUGGGGCACUCCUGACCCUCAAUGUCGCACUUCUGACAGUAGGGUCCCGUCUCUCCUUAUCACCAUCACAGACUGGUGUCUCCCUUUCCUAUAUCCUUCUGGUUCAGCAGAGUUUUUCGUGGCUCGUUCGUCAGAUGACAGAAGUUGAAAACAACUUGAACUCUGUAGAGCGUCCUUUGCCGGAAUGGCCCUCUCGCGGAGAAAUAGAGUUCAAGGACGUUGUGAUGAGCUACCGUCCUGGAUUGCCGCCCGUCCUGAAGGGACUGUCGCUCAACGUCAAGUCAGGCGAACAUGUCGGAAUUGUCGGAAGGACAGGCGCUGGGAAAUCCACCAUCAUGGCGACGUUGUACCGUCUCGUUGAGCUCACCUCUGGUACGAUCACCAUCGACGACGUAGACAUCUCUACGCUUGGUUUAUCAGAACUGAGAAGCAAGAUUGCCAUCAUUCCGCAAGACCCGAAUUUGUUCUCUGGAACUCUUCGAUCCAAUCUUGAUCCCUUUGGAUUAUAUGAGGAUGCCAGAUUAUGGGAUGCUCUGAAACGUGCACAAUUGGUCGCCACCAAUGAGAUCAAGUCAGAUAAGGAGAAGCCGAGUGUUGAAGAUGAUGACGCUGAACCUGGCGUGUCCACUUGCCAAGAGAAGGGCGUUAUGCAACGUUUCACUCUAGACACUCCCAUUGAUGACGAGGGAACGAACAUAUCCGUCGGACAACGGUCACUGGUGAGCUUGGCUCGUGCUUUAGUCAAGGACAGCAAGAUUGUCCUCUUGGACGAAGCGACAGCCUCCGUUGAUUAUGAGACGGACACGAAGAUUCAAGAUACAAUCGCGAGCGAAUUCUCAGAUCGCACGCUGCUCUGCAUCGCUCAUCGCAUCAAGUUCGUUUAUCGUCUUUCUUUCUCCCUCCCACCACUCUCUCCUGUCGUUCAACUUCCUGUUUAA